CUCCGGUAUCAUGACCGACCCAGACGGAAGGACAGUGGGCAGUCCAAGCCCUCCCUGCGGGCCUCACACCCCCGAUCAGCGGCUACUGCAGCCAAGUGCUGCGAGGAUGAGAUCAACAGACUGAAGGAGAUAAUCUGUGCUCUGCAGGCUGAGCGUCAGCAACAGCGCUCCAGGGAAGAGGAGGGGGACAGGCUGGAGGUUGUUGGACAGGAACCGCGGGGGCCCGAGGAGCUACGAUGGAGGGUCAACCAGCUGGAGAGAGACAAGCUGGAACUAACCUCCAAACACAACGAGCAGGUAUCCUCUCUAGAGGGCCAGGUGGCCAGGCUGAGAGCAGCACUGGAGAGAGGAGAGGCACAGAGACAGACUCUUGAGUACGAUAUGGCUGUAGUCAGGAAGGAGGCUGGAGUAGAGAGAAGUAACCUCCAGGAAAACAUGGCUGCUCUCUGCAGUCAGAAUGAACAACUCAUGGAGCUGCAGCAGAGAGUGUGUGUCCUUCAGAAGGCUCUGGAGAUAACGCGGAUGGCCCGGGAAGAGGACCAGCAUGCAUUGCAACAGGAAGUGGAGGAGCGGGACGGACUGGUGCUGAGCGCUAACACAGAGAAUGAUCAGCUCACCGCUGAGAACAAACACCUACAUACCCUGCUGCAGGAUCAGGAGGAGACUCUGCAGGAGCUGAAGAGGAGGAUGGGGGAGGUGCAGAGAGAGAGGGAGAGAGACGGGGAGGCACUACGACGUCAGACCAGCGAACUGGGCUACAUCACAGAGAGAGAGGAGAGAAUGAAGAAAGAACUAGAGACCGCCCUACAGAGAGUCAAGACUCUAGAAACCAACAUAGAGUCUGAGAGAGCUGCUCACCUGGAGUCUAAAUUCAACUCUGAGAUCAUACAGCUGCGUAUCCGUGACCUGGAGGCAGCUCUACAGGUGGAGAAGUGUAGCCAGGCUGAAGCCGUGUCCAGUCUGGACAUGGUCAAACAACAGUUCAGAGAGGUGGAACGAGCCUACAGCAUAGAGAGAGACAGGGCACGGGACUCUACUGGCAGACUGGCACAGCUGGAGAAGGACUACCUGAGUUCUAAGGCAGAGUUGAGUGCAGAGUUGGAGAAGGAGAGAAGAACUGCAUCACACGUCCGAGACCAACUACAGGAACUACACACGCUACAUACGCACAGCCUGACACAGCUGGACAUGGCUCGUAAGCGUCAGGUGUUGCUGGAGGAGGAAUUUGAGAGCUAUCUUAGAGAGUUACAACAGCUACUGCAACUACACACCGCUGUAGGGCCCCUCACUGCUGUAGGACAACUCACCACAGAAGAGCCUGUUGGAGAGGGAAGACGGCACAGCCCCUCUACUGUCAUGAACAUGCUGGGGACAACCCUGACUACAUACCAGACCACCCUGGACCAGACUACUACAGAGGUCCUGGAUCAGCAGAAACAGUCAGAGAGGCUGGUCCAGGAGGUUCAGUCCAACCAGCGACUGAUGUCAGAACAGAAGAGUCACUUAGAGGAGCUCCGUGCAGCGCUGUCUGACUGUAACGUAGAGUUACAGCGUCUGAGAUCCCAGUGUUCUGAAAAGACGCUCCAGACCAACCGACUACAGACUGACCUACAGACCGCCCAGCAACACUGGGAGAGGGAGAGAGAAAGGGAGAAGCAGAGAGAAGGAGAGAGGGAGAAAACGAGGGAGAAGCACAGGGAAGGAGAGCGGGAGAAGGAGAGAGAGAGGACCGUGGAGUUGCAGGCAGAGGUUCAGAGGAUCAGACAACUCAAUCAGAAAGAUUCUCAGGAGAAGUUGUCGUUCCUUCACGGUCUGUUCCAGCGUCUGUUGGCGGGCUGCGUCCUCGUCUCCCAGCCGCAAUGCAUCCUGGGUAGUUUCUCCUGGGCGGAGCUCUGUGAUGUCAUAACGGAACACGUCGACACCCUCACCUCUGACCUUACACGCGCCAACGAGAGGGUGUCCCACCUGCAGGCUGUGUGUGAGAGUAACAGUGUGUGUGUGUCUCAGCUGCAGCAGAGCCAGGAAGGGGUGUUAGUGAGAAUAGAGGAGACAGUGAAACAUAGAGAAGAGACCUGGACAGCACAGAGACAUGAGAUGGACCAGCAACACGCACACACUGUUACUCUGUUACAGGGAAGAUACAGGUGGUAUUGUCUGCUGCUCGUAACAGUCUAUCCCGCCUCCUGGACCACCUCCUCACCCCCAGACCGAGGGUCCCAUCUCACACCCUAUAGCGUGAACAAGGGUACUCUGGUUAGUCGGCUGGGACAGGGCCUACACCGAAUCACGGCCAAACAGAUGAGCAAUAAGUUCCCGUCCCCAAUGUUCUGUCAGUGUCUGGUGGUUUCGCUGCAGCAACACUUCCUGGUUUUCACCCACCGGCUGCACUCCGCUGAGGUGGAGAGGCGGAGCCUGAGGUUAGAGGUCGCACGCCUCAAACGUGUCACCAAGGGCGACCGAGGACCGUGCCAUCUGGUGCCGGCAGAGCGGUUUGGCAGUGUGUGUGAGGAGUUGAGACAGGCCUUACAGAGAGAGGAGCAGGCUCAGGGUCUACUGAGACAACAGUCUGACCAGCUACACACACUGGGGUUACGCAUGGACACACAUUGUGGAGAAGAGAGAGAGAGAGAACACACACUCUCACAGGCCGUACAGAGUCUGUCGGAAGCUCGUCAGUUGGUGCGUCAGAAGGAGCAGUCUCUAAGGGUUCUGGGUAAACACCUGUCGGGCCUACAGCAGGAGAAGAAGAGUCUGGAGGAGAGUGUCAGACACGCGGAGGACGCACUACGCAUGGCAGCCAAGCGCAAGGACUCCCUGGCCAGCUACAUGAGAGCAGUAGAGAGCAGCUACAGAGAGGUCAGAGACCGUAUCGUCCAAUCACGAUCCACCUCCACUGACAAGGACCUCCCUCUGCAGUUACCAAGAGUGCACCUGGAUCUGACUGGACCAGAGAGGUUGCUGGGAGGGCCGGACGUGGCCGCCUGUCAGAGCCUGGUGGGGACGUUCUCUGAGUUAUACCACGCAGCGUUCUCCAGGAUUGGCUCGAUGGAGAGGGAAAUCUCCGCCCACCAAAGCCAUGUCUCCGCCCUCCGGAAAGAACUACACGAUGCCUGUCUCAGGGAGGACCUCUGUUUCAUCCCUGUGUGCGAUUCUCAAUCGUCAAUGACCCCUCACCCAGACGACCUCUGUCAACUCGUCGUUGACCCUGAAGCCCCUCCUACCGAACGCACCAACGUUCUGCUGAGGGAGGCAACCGGCAAACCCAACCCCUCCUCCCUCGCUCCCUCCCUCCCCUUGUCAGACCCCCCUAAAAAGGCUAAGGGCAGUAAGAAGGUGCCCAAGAAGACUCGUUCUGUACCGUCCAAGACUCCGUCAAGAAGAUAGACCACAGAAUCACUGUUAUGUGUCACAGCAUAUCUGUUACGUGUUACAGUGUAUCUGUUAGCUGUUACAGUGUAUCUGUUAGCUGUUACAGUGUAUCUGUUACAGUGUAUCUGUUAGCUGUUACAGUGUAUCUGUUGUGUGUUACAGUG